GCAUUUCAUUCAAUUGUUUUAAACAUUGUAUUCACUGAAGAAAUCACUGAACCAUAGAUUUGAUGUCUUUGAAAAAACUGAAAAUUAAAAUUAUAGUAAUUUAUACACUCAUUAUGUUUGCUUUGAAAGUUUGUCACACUUUAAUAGAUCCGACAACUGCGAUGUGUAUCGACGGGGAACUGGACACUGCUGUCCGCACUGCAGAUGGAAAUACUUAUAUAUUUAUGAGUAAAUGGUUUUGGAAAUUAAAUGAUAGAUUAGAUAAAGUGAUAGGAAAUGCCAGUUAUAUAUCAAAUCACUGGCAAUAUCUGCCUAAUAAUAUUGAGACAUCAUUUUAUAUAUCGUCUAAAACUAAUCCAUUGAAUGGCAAUACUUUCUUUAUUCAGAAUAAUAUAUGGUUUAAAUUUAAUAAUCAAACAUUUAAAGAGUUGGGAAAUACUGGCAAUUGGUCGCUAUUUCCGAAAAGUCAUCCAUUAUUAGCCAUAUCUCAAGUAAAAGACUCGUUUGUAGUUUUCUAUUUCAAACAUCACUCACUAUUUAAUCCAAUUGGUUACUACUUCGACAGUCCAUAUAUUCCCGAAUAUAAAGCCAUUUAUUCGCAUUCAAUACCAUUCAAUACAUACAAAGCGGAGGCACUGUUAUCAUAUGAUAACGGAAGUUACCUCUUGUUCAUCGAUGACAACAGAAUUGGUUCACAUUGUUUGAUGAAAGAUUCAAGUGGUUGUACGACUUAUAGACAAAACAGUGAUCUCUUUGAAUGUCCGGAUUAUACAAAAAACUUGUUUAAAAAGAACCGAUUCGUGAGAUUCUGGUAUUGGUCUGGACUUACUCUCAGACAAUUUGCUAUCAUUUUCAGUGCAAUACUCAUUUCACUAACACUUAUACUAAUAUUCUUCAUAUUCUUAGUGGUUAUGAAAUGUCGACAACAGUUUGUUAUUAAAUUCAAUAGUGAAGACUCUAAUCAUUAG